UCUAUGUAUAAAAUUAGUCCUAUGAUUUCUUGAUUAUGUGUUUUCAUUCUCGAAAGAGAGAUUUGGGCAGUUCGUUCUUAUCAUUUCUUAAUAGUGUUGUUAUCGGGUAUUUAUUUCCUCUGCAAUCCAAAAUUCUGCUGGAACCAUUCAUUAUGCAUACCAUGUGGAAAUGGAAUCUCCGCAGAUAACACUAGUGACGAGGCAUGUUGCUAAUGAUUGAGGCAUGGAUUUUACAUUUGAAGGACUAUCCUGGGACAACGUAUGCCAAACAUUUGAGAAAGCAUACAAGAGUAAUGAUUUGGUACAGAUCCCACGCAAGUAUGUUGAUGUGGUUGGUAAACAAUUUAGAGAUAUAAUUGAUGAGGUUGUGGGUGAUUGGCUGGAUCCUGCUGGUGAUUGUGCCGAAGGACUUGAUACAAAAAAUUCAUUAGAUGGUGAUAUAGCCAGUAAGAUAGAUGGAGUUUUAAAGGAAGAACUCGAUGUAUCCUUUUCGGAUGACAAUGUAUCUAUUUGUGUUAAAUGGGAGCCAAAUUCUUCAUCUGUGGUAAAUUCAAGUCUGAUCGCACCCUCUGAUCUGAACCAAGACUCAAGUUACAACAAUGAGUUUGAUGAAUGCCAGGAGGAAACUCUUCCGACCAAAGCAGCUAAUUGCUCAGACGUGUUAGAUGGAAAUCCUGAAAACUUCUUACCUUCUGUUGCAUCUCUUUCUGGCCUUCCAAAAAUAUGUCCUUUAGUAGAUGAAAGCCUUCAAUUGGAACCUUGUGAAAGUAGAUCUGUUGAAGAUAGACCGCCUACUGAAACAUGUGAUGCUGCGAGAGGUAUCCAUACAUCACAAGAAUUCAUCUCUCCUAGAGGGUGCCUUGUAAAUGAACAUGAGCUGCAAAUUAAACAAGACAAUUCACGGGCUUCUCUGCGAGAAACUGAAGAUUUAUCAGUUUGCCUUAGUGGGGAUGACAAAUUCAACGAUGAUGAUGUUAUUGACGCGAAAGCAGAACCAAUGGAAGUAUCUCAGGAUCUGGAUAUUAAUGAUAACUGGGAGGACAAUGAAGAUUAUGAACAGGCCAUGAUCUCAUAUCAGAAAUCAAGGGCAUCAUACAAGAAAAAACUUGGUGCCUCGCUUAUCACAAAAUUACGGCAGUUCAAGGGCCAUAAGGUGAAAAAUUCAUACUGCGAUGUCGUCGGCAGAGAGCGAGACAGACAGGGAAAUGAGCUAUUAAAGAAUCCAAAUUUGUCUUCUGUUCACGAUUCAUUGGAGUCUGAUUGGGAGCUGCUGUAGAAUUAGCUUCUCCGUGAAGGUCACUGCACCGGUCAGCUUGAUCUUUGUUCUCUUGUUAUGGUCGGUACGGAUGAAGUAAUAACGCGUUUCAUCAUGCCGGUAUAUCAAUAAAAUCCUGAUGACUGUAAAAUUUGUCGAAACGCAUGCUUUGAUCCAGGAAUUUUUGUUGGAAA